AUGGACCCUGCCAGCCUCGCCCUUACGGUCAUUGGCCUCCCAGCAGCUCUUACCAUGACGUUCAAGUCGCUUCGGAAAAUUGUAGAAUCUAUCAAAUACGCGAAACGCGAACUUCGAGAUCUUGAAGAGGAGGUUGAUCUUUUUGCCGGAAUAUUUGACAGUUUUCUCGAUGCGUGUGACGAGGCAUCGCUGGAAACCGAAGGCGCGUCGAUAAUAAAACGCCACUUGCGAUCUUGGACGGAGAAGGUGAUGGAAGGAUUCGAGAACCUACUUGAUCGGGUGCAGGCGGUAGGCAGGGAUCCUAGAUAUGAGCACUCCACUAUUGAAGUGAUCACUGCUCAUUACAGAUGGAUCAUGAGCAAGAGCACCUUGAAGUACCUACGUGCCUGCCUUAACGUGGCAAGACAGAGCAUGAUCGCAUUCACAAAUAUUCGCGUCCUUGGAAAACUGAAUGAGGAACUGGCCUAUCUCCAAUCUGCCUUGAACUCCACGGCCGAGAGACAGAGCAUCGAAUUGCGACAUGGAGUCAGUUACAACCGACGUAUGCAGCGGCACAAGAUCGAUAGUCGCUUAUAUGAAGGAAUCGAUCGAGUCAGAGCCUACGAGGAGAAAAAUAUAGAUCAUAAUCUUGUUCCACAAGAGAAAACGCUGCUGCAAUUUCAAAGAUCAGUAGAUCGAUUCGUCGACCAGAUUGUUUGCCAAGAGAAGUUUGAUCGAAAGGCUCGCCGAAUGCAGGACAGUAGCUCAGUACUUACGUCUGAUUCGAGUGCUACUACCCCAACACAAUCUACUCAGCCUUCGGAUGAUCCAAGGCAAGCACCAGAGUCGCCUCCGACAUCCCCCGAACCAUCCAUAGCAAACACUCCAAUCAUCGAGAUACAGCCCGAAGCAGAACAGACGAACAGUAUGUUGAACUUCUGUGAAAGAUGCUCGGGUACAUGCACCAACACUGAGGCCCACAAAACUUCCAUUCGGCCAUCAACUCCAGAUCCACUGCCCCAAACAGUCUGGCACUAUUCCCCCACUCAGCCUAGCGAAGCAAAGAGAAUACGUACCCCAUCCCGUCCACAGUCGCAGCCAACGUCGCAAACGCAGCCGAACAGCGCCAAUCCGAUGCCUGCAUCAAGACUUCGUACUGAUUCUCGUCAAAACUACCCACCAAAACCAAGUGCUGAGCCCGUAGAAGAAGACAGCGAGACUUCCCAUGCCGAUCCUGUAACCCUAGGAGAAGAUGAAGAUGAUCCCGAAGAUGGGAUAUCUGAAGAAGGUGUCUCAGCAAAGGAACAAGCCACAGGGUCAAAGCCAAGUAUGUGGAAAGCUGUCAGUGGACAAGAGGGAGAUAUGCCGAGGGCUUUGCGUAUAUUGCGGGAGAAUCGUUCACGUUAG